UCGCCGCCGCCGCCCCGCCCGCCCGCAGCCGCGGGGCCAGCGAGCCGAGAAGCAGGUGUUUGAAGCCCAGCCGCGCCAGCGACGCGCGGCCGCUGCCCAAGUUUGCCCGGGGCCCGACGAGGGCCGGGCAACCGGGAGAGGAGUGCAGACUGCGGCACACCCACCGCGGGCUUGAAGUCUCGAGAGAAGACGAGCGCACCGAGCAGCGAGUCCCGGUCACCCCGGAGAGGUGUAGUCGGGGCUCCGCAGUUCCCCAGCUCCUGGAGCCGCCCAGGCAGGGGGAAGAAGAAGCAGGAGACAGCGAGGCAGGGCUUUUCUGGAGACUCGGGGCCCCCCUGGAAGCCGGGGAGAGAAGCGACACGUCUCUCUGGCCAGCAGCCUUGAAGGAGCCCCGCAGCUAGCAGCCUCUGGCAGGACGCCCUGAGAAGCCCCCAGCCCCAAACGAGAGCGGGCACAUCGCAACGAGGGCUCGGGCGCUGCACCUAGGGGAGCCUCGAACUAGGUCUCGGCCGAGCGCAGCCCGAGGAGCAGUGAGAAGGGUCCUGGAGGGAAGGGAAGAGGGCAGCAGCCAGCAGGUCGACCACUCACCCCAGUACACACCCACCCCGCCCGCCAAGCCAGGAGCCGCGGUGCGCCUCUGGGGGCGCUCGUUCCCCGGCGCCUUCUCUCGCGUGUCCCAGCACCGCUGGGCUACCGGCCGGGCUGGGGGGGUGGGUCCCUGGGGAUGUCCAAAUCAGGCAUGGUGACCGAGUGGCUGCUCUCCCACGACCAGCGUAAAAGCUGGGCUUAGGCGGAGCAGGGGGGACUCAGCUUAGGGUCCCCCGAGGUCCAGGACGAGGGGAGGCGCGCAGCGCCCAGAGACUGGAGAGGCGGCGCCCAGCGGGGCCCCUCCAGAGGUAGUGGCCGGCGCCAGGCAUCCUCCAGGAAGACUCGGGGCCAGGAGAGCCCGGGAGGCGCCCGGGAGACGCCGGUGCCAGCGCGGCGGGCCGAGGCAGCGCUCAGUCCCGGGCGGGCGCCCGCGGAGGCGGCGGCGGCGGGGCCGGGCGGGCAUGCCGCGCCACCGGAGCUCCUUUCGGGCGCACGCUUCUCUGGCGCGGGCUGCGCGCGGCGGCUGCUGCCGCUCCCCCUGCUGCUGCGGACUCCCAUGGCGGCUCCGCCCGGCCGGGGCCGCCGCCGCUGCCGCCAGCCUCGGGCUGAAUGAAUGAGCCGGAGCGGCGCAGCCCGGCUGCCGGCGGCCGCGCUCACCGGCCCGGGACGCUUCCGCAUGGCCCGCGAGGAGCCGGCGCCCGCGGCGGUGGCGGCGGCCGGGCAGCCCGGGGGCGACCGGGGCGGCGAGCGCGCGCCGGUGCUGCAGGGGCCGGGGGUCGCCCGCAGGGGGCGGCCGUCGCUGAGCCGCGCUAAACUGCACGGGCUGCGGCACAUGUGCGCCGGGCGCGCGGCGGCGGGGGGCUCCUUCCAGCGGCGGGCGCUGUGGGUGCUGGCCUUCUGCACGUCGCUGGGCUUGCUGCUGUCCUGGUCCUCCAACCGCCUGCUCUACUGGCUCAGCUUCCCGUCGCACACGCGGGUGCACCGCGAGUGGAGCCGCCAGCUGCCCUUCCCCGCCGUCACCGUGUGUAACAACAACCCCCUGCGCUUCCCGCGCCUCUCCAAGGGGGACCUGUACUACGCAGGCCACUGGCUCGGGCUGCUGCUGCCCAACCGCACGGCGCGCCCGCUGGUCAGCGAGCUGCUGCGGGGCGACGAGCCGCGCCGCCAGUGGUUCCGCAAGCUGGCCGACUUCCGCCUCUUCCUGCCGCCGCGCCACUUCGAGGGAAUCAGCGCCGCCUUCAUGGACCGCCUGGGCCACCAGCUCGAGGACAUGCUGCUGUCCUGCAAGUACCGCGGCGAGCUCUGCGGCCCGCACAACUUCUCCUCCGUGUUUACAAAAUAUGGGAAGUGUUACAUGUUUAACUCAGGAGAGGAUGGCAAGCCUCUGCUCACCACAGUCAAGGGCGGGACAGGCAACGGGCUGGAGAUCAUGCUGGACAUUCAGCAAGAUGAGUACCUGCCCAUCUGGGGAGAGACAGAGGAAACGACAUUUGAAGCAGGAGUAAAAGUUCAGAUCCACAGUCAGUCUGAGCCGCCUUUCAUCCAAGAGCUGGGCUUUGGGGUGGCACCAGGGUUCCAGACUUUCGUGGCCACCCAGGAACAGAGGCUCACGUACCUGCCCCCACCGUGGGGUGAGUGCCGAUCCUCAGAGAUGGGACUCGACUUCUUUCCUGUUUACAGUAUCACUGCCUGUAGGAUUGACUGUGAGACCCGUUACAUUGUAGAGAACUGCAACUGCCGCAUGGUCCACAUGCCAGGGGAUGCACCUUUCUGUACCCCUGAGCAACACAAGGAGUGCGCAGAGCCUGCCCUAGGUCUGCUGGCAGAAAAGGACAGUAAUUACUGUCUCUGCAGGACGCCCUGCAACCUGACACGGUACAACAAAGAGCUCUCCAUGGUGAAGAUCCCCAGCAAGACGUCCGCCAAGUACCUGGAGAAGAAAUUUAACAAAUCAGAAAAAUAUAUCUCAGAGAACAUCCUUGUUCUGGAUAUAUUUUUUGAAGCUCUCAAUUAUGAGACAAUUGAACAGAAGAAGGCAUAUGAAGUUGCUGCCUUACUUGGUGAUAUUGGUGGUCAGAUGGGAUUGUUUAUUGGUGCUAGUAUCCUAACAAUACUAGAGCUCUUUGAUUAUAUUUAUGAGCUGAUCAAAGAGAAGCUAUUAGAUCUGCUGGGCAAAGAAGAGGAGGAAGGGAGCCCUGAUGAGAACGUGAGCACUUGUGACACGAUGGCAAACCACUCUGAAACCAUCAGCCACACUGUGAAUGUGCCCCUGCAGACAGCCCUGGGGACCUUGGAGGAGAUUGCCUGCUGACAGCCCGUGGACCGCCCGGCUCCCCCCACACAGACCUUGAGGCCCAAGACCCGGGACAGGGGACAGCAGGCUCAGGUGGGACGGCCCCUGACCACAGAAAGAAGAGCCCCUGUGCACGCCUAACAAACUACCGGCCAAAACCUCGCUGCGGCCACGGCUGACGCUACACGUGAUCCGGCCCCGCCGCGCGUCCCUCUUAGGAGAAAUGAGUCACACUCUGGAACUGUCCGAGAACACUCUGCCAUCACAUCUCACUGCCAGAUGUAUAAAGCACCUGCAUGCUCAGACCUCUCAUGGCGCCACCUCCACGUCUGUCUCUGUACAUGACUCUCCUCCACGCGGUUCCCAGCAGCCACGCUGCAGCCAUGCAGCGCGACCAGGGUCCAGCCCCAAAGUCACCACGAGGCCUCGCUGGAACCACAGCUGCACAAUCGAGGGAAACCGCAGAACUCUGACCACGUCCGUCCUCGUGUAGUCUGUGAAGGUUCUGACCCUGCCCACAGCCCGCCUCCCCCCAGUGGCCUGCAGAGUGACCGGGGCCGGCCCCGCCCCAUCCCAGCACCGGGGUCGGGGCACGGCAGCCUGGAAGUCUCCUCCGCGGUCUCCCUGUGACACAGCUUGUACAGUCUGAUUGUUUCGCUGGGGGACUUUUUCUGUUAGUCUGUCAGAUCUGUUUGGUUUGGUUUUGUUUUCUGAAUUUUGGUUUUGAUAUUCUGAGGUUCGGUUUGGUUUUCCAUUCUCUCUGGCAUUUAUUUAUUCGUGCUUCCAAUCACAGUCCCAUUAAAAGCUGGUCUUGUGGAAAUGGCUGAGUCGUUCUUGCCUUCCCC